GAAAAUGCCCCUACCAUCUCUCCUCAAGAAAUCAGCAAUCAACUCUCCGUCUGGUACCCACAACAAGCCGCUGACCACACAACAUUUUCAAGAAGAAAACUUGCAAGUUUGUCAAAUCGUUUUCACCCGCUUCUGGAAACUCAACAAUGGCCUGCUCGAUUUCAGUUCACAGGCCGGUGAUCUACUCUAAGUUGCAUUCUCCCCCUGCACCCUCUUUCCCACCAUCGACCUCGCUAUUCUUUCUUGAAAAUGUUUACAGAAAUGAGAGUUGCACGAAUUUUAGUAGUGGUAGGAGAAAAUUUAGCAGAAAUUUUAGAGCAAUGGUGCAGCAAACCGUGCAAGGGCCUUCAGCUGCUUAUGCCAAAGAAAUGGAAAGACUCUCUGCUAAAGAAUCUCUGCUUCUUGCUUUCAAGGAUGCUGGGGGAUUUGAGGCAUUGGUAACUGGGAAACCAACGGAUGUGCAACGGAUAGAUGUGAAUGAGAGAAUAGUUAGUCUUGAGCGGUUGAAUCCUACGCCGCGACCAACGACGUCUCCUUAUCUGGAAGGCCGAUGGAAUUUCGAGUGGUUUGGACCAGGGAGCCCAGGGCUCUUUGCUGCUCGGUUUUUAUUUGAGAGGUUUCCUCGAGAAUUGGCAAAUUUAUCAAAAUUGGAUGUGGUGAUCAAGGAUGGAUAUGCAAAAGUUGCAGCAAGUGUGAAACUAUUGAAUUCGAUAGAAAGCAACUUUAUCAUCUCCAGCAAGUUAUCUGUUGAGGGGCCACUUCGAAUGAAAGAAGAGUACCUUGAAGGAUUAUUAGAAUCCCCAAAAGUUGAUGAAGAAUCCAUACCACAGCAGCUAAAAGGUGCUUUUGGUCAGGCAGCUAGUACACUGCAGCAGCUCCCCGUUCCUAUUAAGGAUGCUGUGGCUGGUGGAGUGAAGGUCCCUCUUGGUGGGACAUUCGAGAGGUGGUUUAUGAUUUCUUAUCUCGACGACGAGAUCCUGAUAUUAAGAGAUACAGCUGGAGUGCCUGAAGUUCUUACAAGACUGGAUCCAGGACCAUCACCUGCGUUCGAACCAAUAACCGAGUAUGAAAGUUGAAGACAAUUAAAAAAUGGCGUAGUCGUACAUUGUAAAUUCUUACAGAAAUGACACGUAUACUUCUCACCGUUGCCAUCCCAAAUAAAGCAAACUUCAUUUCUCUCCUUCCUUUGUUGUUCCGUUUUAUUACUCAAUUGGCAGUUGUAUUUUUACAAAUUUGACAAGUUAAUAGUAAUGUUAACUGAGGAGAAGUGGUUGAUAUGAUGCAGGUAACAACUGGUAAAGGGUUGUUUCUGGAAAGUAGAUAUGAGUUGGGGUGCUGAUGUCUGUCUGCUUCACUUUUGUGAAUGAUGUUUACAUGUUAUGAUC